AUGAAUGUGUUUGAACGCUUACAAAACCGACUGGCAAAAACCGCCACACUUGUGCCACAUCCGGCCGAAAAGAUAACCCCUCCCGUAGAUCAGCCGGUUCAACCAUCAUUGCCAACACAGGCACAGACACUUCCUCAUCAAGGCGACUACACAUUUCACUCAUCUCUACAGACACAGAAGAACUACCCUGAUGUGAACGUGCAUUCUGCUGGGGAUAAUUAUGAAUGUUCAGAAGAAUGGAACUAUCCAACCGGGUCCAAAACACGAUCCACUCGUGUGGAAACAAUAGUCACACCUGAACCUUCUCGAUCUGGUUCACGUCCGGCCGGACAGAGGCUCGGUCUGGGUGAGCUAGAUGAUGCUGGUCUACCACAGACAGCUGGGGAAUUUAGUAGUUCCGAAGAUGAAGCUGAUGCCUCUGCUCAAGCUCCCGCAGCGGACGGGGACUAUGCCAAUUAUCCCCGAUCAAACGUGGAUAACCGCAAAUCAGUCAUUCAACCGGAAUCACGUGACGCAUACAGUGAUGUGGACGAUCGAUCAGCAUCCAAUUCCUCCAGUUCAAGAGGACCCAGUGCCUACAUGUCUCAGUCGGGAAUUCUUUGGUGUUCCGAACAACCACAACCGUUAGAAGAACUGGUUCCACGUUUCCGUUCCAAUCCUCCCGGAUCAACGUAUCUCACGAAGGCAAUUGCGCAACGUUCGGGGUGUCGUUGUGCACUGUGUGGUCACGACAGUCUGCUUCUAUUUCCAGUUUUGGACACCUCAUUGGCAUUGGCUUCGUGGGCUUCUUGGUCCAUUCCAAGCAAGAGUCAUAAUCGUUCUGCAAUCGGAUAUGAUCGAAACGGAGUUGGACCGACAGUGGCUACAGUUACUGAAGUACACGCUCAACUGGCAGUUUUUCGACAAUGCCGGGGUUGGUAUGAGGUUUUGAAUGAAAAUCAGCAAGCUAUUCCCCAUCUGACCACAGUUGAGCAAUUUCGUCGGGCCAAGCCAGCUACAUUUCUUAUUCGUCGAGAUUUGAAGUGUUUGGCAGCUCCGCCCACGCUGCUGAUACCUCCCCCAAAUGAUGUACGUCCCAAUCCCGAUGGGCCUCCACCCGUCGCAUUUCCAUCCAGUGUGGUUGCUGUAGCCACUUCCCCCGAUACCUUGAACAAUUCUGUCUCCGAGACCAUUCCUGCAGGAACGCUUAUGCAUCUUGUUACGUAUUUACCGCAUUGCCAGUUGAAACGUGGACGGAAAGUCAAAGAGUUAGGUCUGAUUUUGGCUACAAAACGUGUGCCUGGCUCUCCAAUUAGACGUUCGCCUUCCGGUGAAUUAAGCAAUGGAAAUAAUUUACCUUCACGUGCCUAUUACAUUGGUCUGGAGGAUUCCACACCAGCUUUGCUCCCUCCCAAAUUUUCUAUCAGUCCGGUAGCCGGUCCAGAGAAUAUUUCCGGUGUGCAUUCAUUGGCCAGUAUUUUGCGUAAAUUUCGACUUCCCCUGUCCGUCCGACCGGUGUACGGGACAGAAGGUUGUGGCUCAUUUGCUACCGAUCAAACAGAACGUCUAUCGAACGGUUCAGCUAGUGUAAAUCGUAAUCUGUCCCCAAAUUCCACCCUCUUUCAGUGUGGUUUGGCUGCUGUACAAGGACUACAGUUUACAGAAAAACAUUUUCUACGGCUUCAAUCACUGUGUCGUGGGGAUAUCCUCAUAUUUGCUCCAAUAACGUCACCGGAACGUCUGUUCCUCAUUACCCCGUCCAUGUUACGGGAUCAUGUCUUUCAGUUAGGCAGUUCCAGUGAUCCGGCUUACGAGCGCCUGCUUGAGGGACAUCGUCUGCAGUCCAUCAAUUUCCUUGCCUCUGCUCAUCCUCGUGAUUCAUUAAACUAUUUGGUACGUCAUAUGCGUGACGUGACGCGGGAACCUCGUGAAUCCUAUGCCACAAGAAAGACCAAUCGGCACAAAUCCGAAUCGGUUCGUGGUUCAAACACGGAUUCCGGUGUUCCAGACUUGACCCAAGAAGAGAUGUUUCAAAUUUACGAUGACUUGGAUGAUAUUUACUUUUUCAUCCGUCAUGGCUACUAUCCAUCUAAAGGUCGUGGUGGAGAUACCCCUAAUCGAACCAGUGAAUCGAACAACAUAAUCCGAUCGGCUAAGAAUUCUUUUUCCGGCCCCAGUCAACAAACUGCGAAUUCCGAUCAGUCCGAGACAGAACUAAUGUCUCGAAAGCAAGAUAAUUCACAAACUCGGACAAAUAUGCCAACAGCAGAACAACUGUUAGCGGCUUCCUUGAAAACCCCGAUACGGAAUCACAGUUUUCAGACCAGAUGGUCCAACGGCUCGGGUAAUGCAGCCUCAACAUACCGUAUUCAACCGAAAGAAUACGGGAUAUAA